GCAAACCAGCCCAUUCCCAGAGACCUAUUGUGCUCUGGUUUUGCUGUCAGAGGAACAAGAUUAGAAGAGAGAACAAUGCCUCUACCUUGGGCUCUGCUUCUUCUCUUCCUGCCAGGCUGUGUUCUGGCAAGAAACUUCACGGAGGUGAAGGGCAUCGUGGGAGAACCCUUGAGCGUGCAGUGCCCGUAUAAGGAGGAAUACAAGAUGUAUGGGAAAUACUGGUGCAGAGGAAACUUUUGGGUAAGUUGUUCCAUCAUCAUUAAGACCGAAAGCAAAGAGGGAGAAGUGAAGAGUGGCCGAGUGGCCAUCAGCGACAGUCACCGGAACCUCACAUUCACAGUGACCAUGGAGAACCUGACCGCAGAUGAUGCUGGUUCUUACGCCUGUGGGAUCAACAAAGGCUUAAUCAUAUCGUGGUUUAGAGUGUCUAUCUCCCAAGUAAAUCUGAGUCUCUGCCCUCAACUCUCUCCCAUGAUGCUGCUGCCCAGCACAGAAGCGGCCGUGAAAAGAAGCAAACCAACAACAUCAACUGCUGAAAUAACAAACGCUACACAAGACUUAUUGGACAUGAGUUUGCCUAAAGACAAAGACUCUCCUAGGAGGUUGUCUCUCAGCAGCAGCUUCAUAGCCCUGAUCUUCCUCACCAGCUUGAAGCUGCCUAUAUUCCUGAGCUUGGUCUUGGCGGCCAUCUGGAUGAAGAGAUUGCAGAGGAGGCAGAAGGCAUGGCAUCUGAGCUGCUUAUGCUUUUCAUCCCGAUGUCCAUCGACAGAGCCUGAGGGUCUGGAGGCUCGAUGAGCAGAGCCUGCAUUGUCUGAUAUCUUCCAAGAUGCUUUCAAGGAGGUGAGGGGAGGGCCUGGGUCGGAUCACCCAACCGGGCAUCUCUCCAGCCAUUCUCCACAGGACAGCCAUGGGAAGCGGCUUGCAGCAGGGACAGCUGGUCACCCGGGAUUAACCUCUGCCUGGGCCCAGGAACAGGUCAACUCUGUUUUUUGGAAGGCAAGAGUGACGCCACUCGCUAAAAUACGCAACGGAUGAUAGAGACAGAAUAAACACUGACACCAAGUGGC